UUGCUUGCUAUUGCUCGUGGGGCCUUGCUGCCAAACGAAACCGACAUUGAGAUUUCCUGCGACCCCGACUGCCGACUGUCUCUUUUGGGUAUCCAGGCUGUUCAGCAAGCAGCCUGCUCUUCCAAUGACACAAUCGUAGAGUCGGGGACCAUUUACCCUCCCACUUACUUCACCGAUCUGCUUCUACACGCUUUCGAGUUUGCGUGUCUGCAAAACGACGCUGGAACCGAGUAUUGCUUUCCCCGGUUCAUUGAAUGGAACCAAAAUGAGGAAGAAGAAGAGUACUGCAACGAGUGCAACCUUGGCGUUUGGAAGAGUCGUCUCUCCUCCCCUUUUGGCUGGCGUGACGGGCUCUUUGAUCAAUACACAUCGCUGACAGCGUCAUGCAACGCAGCCCCCUCAUGGGCUGUUACAUCACCCAGCCAGUAUGCGCUCGGUUAUACAGGCGCUAUGCCGACAAUGCCUUCGACAACCACGUCAUCGACACCGAGGCCCACGUUAUCCUGCCAAAGCAACUACACCAUCCAAGCUUCCGACUGGUGUACGUCCAUCAGCCGUGUCAAGCAAGUAUCAACCUACAACCUCAUGCGCGUCAACAACCUGCCCGCCUACUGCGGGGAGUUUCCCGGGCCUGGAACGAGCAUUUGCAUCCCAGAAACCUGCCGAGUGCACACCGUUUCCCCUUUGGAUACCUGCGGAAAGAUUGCCAACGCAGCGGGCGUCACCACGCAGCAGCUCAUCUCAUGGAACCCAAACAUCAAUCCGGAGUGCUCAAACCUGUACAACAUGGUCGAUUAUGUGAUUUGUGUCGGCCCGCUUGGUUCUGUUGCGACUACCACGGCGUCAACGACAUAUACACCCAUACAGACAACAAUGUAG